AUGAGAACUCUGAAAAACGUCGUCGCUGUCCUCCUUGCUCUUUUUGCUCGUUCCCCGCCCUCUCCUCGCCCUCGGCUCCUCUCUGCUUGCCCUCCGCUCAUCCCUCUCGCCCCUCUGUGCAUCUCCCCUUGCCCUCCGCGCGUCGCGCGUCAGGUGCUCGGUGAUUUGCUCAACAAUCUCCCCAGCGCGCAGGAGAUUUCCGCCAACCCGUUCCCCCCGCCGGGGCCUUUCAGCGCGCCCGAGACGCAGGUCGGCGCAAACCGAGACGGCGGCGGGCGGGAAGCAGGCAGCAGCUGGGGUAGCGGGGGAAGCGGCGGGGUAAGCGCGCGGGCAGCGCAAGCCGCCUCAGGGAGAGGCGGGAGCGGAGGCGCAGGGGGGGAGCAGAACGGUGGAGUGCAAGCGGGAGUUGGGGGGAACAGAGCGGGGGGGGCGGAAGGAGCUGGCGCGGGUGGCGGGGGAAAUGGGGGGGUGGGGGGGCUGGGGGGGUUGGGGGGGUUGGGGGGAGUGGGGGGGGAGGAUAGCCGGUCGGGGAGCGAGGAGGAUGGGACGUCGGAUGGGGAGGGGAUGGGCGGGCGGGACAAGAAGAAGGGCAAGCGGUAUCACCGCCACACGGCCCAACAGAUCCAAGAAAUGGAAAGGUUGUUCCGCGAGUGCCCGCAUCCCGACGAGCGGCAGCGGCAGCAGCUGAGUCAACGGCUGUCGCUGGCGCCGCGGCAAGUCAAGUUCUGGUUCCAAAACCGCCGCACUCAGAUGAAGGCGCAAACGGAGAGGGCAGAGAACGCGAUGCUGAGGCAGGAGAACGAUCGGUUGCGCAGCGAGGUGAUGCGCCUGCGCUCCGUGCUGGCGGCUGCUGCGUGCCCCGCGUGUCAUACGCGCCUCGUGCCGGGCAGCGGGGGUGAUUCCAUGCAUGAUGCCUCGGCCGUGGCUGCUCAGCUCAUGGAAGAGAACGCUCACCUCAAGAACGAGGUAGGGGUUAGCAUAGCACCAGGACAUUGGUGGCUGCGGUGCGUGCAGGCUGACUGCUGCGGUAAGUGCCCCGCGUGCCACACUCGCCUCGUGCCCGGCAGCGGUGGUGAUCCCAAUCACGAUGCCUCGGCUGUGGCGGCUCAACUGAUGGAAGAGGACGCCCACCUCAAGAACGAGAGCGAGUGUCAAUGCUGGCAGCGAGGGAGGGGCGCUGAGGAUCCCAUGGGCGCUGAGGAUCCCAUGGGUGCUGAGGAUCCCAUGGGCGCUGAGGAUCCCAUGGGCGCUGAGGAUCCCAUGGGCGCUGAGGAUCCCAUGGGCGCUGAGGAUCCCAUGGGCGCUGCGGAUCCCAUGGGCGCUGAGGAUCCCAUGGGCGCUGAGGAUCCCAUGGGCGCUGAGGAUCCCAUGGGCGCUGAGGAUCCCAUGGGCGCUGAGGAUCCCAUGGGCGCUGAGGAUCCCAUGGGCGCUGAGGAUCCCAUGGGCGCUGAGGAUCCCAUGGGCGCUGAGGAUCCCAUGGGCGCUGCGGAUCCCAUGGGCGCUGAGCAUCCCAUGGGCGCUGAGGAUCCCAGGGGCGCUGCCACAAUCGCCCUGCUUCCACCUUUCCUCUUCCCCACUCCCCUGUCUCCUGCCCCUCUCGCGCUCUAUCUAUCAGCAUUGGCACGCGCUGCUGCUGGCGGCGUGCAUUCACCUUGCCUCUUCCUACCCCACCCCCCAAUCCUUUCUUCUCCCCCAUCUCCUCCAAUCACAUGGCAGAUAGAGCGAGUGUCCAUGCUGGCAGCGCGGCAGCUGGCAUCAAGAGGCGCUGUGGACCCGAUGGGGCCCGCCACAGUCGCGGCUCUCAACGCCGCUGCUGCUGGCGGCAUGCAGGCUGCAGGCAUGGGCGCGGGGGGGGGGAACCCCACUGCUGCCGGGAAUGCUGCUGCUGGUGGUGCUGGUGGUGCCGGUGGUGCUGGUGGGGGUGGUGGUAUGGAUGGGCUUGGAAGCCCUGGGAUGAUGCAGGAUGGUAGUGGUGUCAUGGGGAUGGGAGGCAGGGAUUUCGGCGCUGCUGCUGCUGGUGCUGUUGGGAGUUUUGGCAUGGAGUCGAAUGCUAGUGCAAUUCAGCGUAUGCAGCAGUUUCAACAGCAGCAGCAACAACAGCAACAGCAGCAACAGCAACAGCAGCAGCAACAGCAACAGCAGCAGCAGCAGCAACAGCAGCAGCAACAGCAACAGCAACAGCAGCAGCAGCAGCAGGCGAUGGGAGGGUUGCUAGGGGAUAUGGUCCCCUCAUCCCGGUUCAACAUAGAUGCAGCUCAAGGAGGCUUCUCUGCUGCUGCCGCGGCUGCAGUGGCGGCAGGGAGAGGUAUGAACGAGCAUGGCAUGAUGGGCCUAUUGGGUGGUGACGCAGCUGCUGCUGCUGCUGCCGCGAGAGCAGCAGCAGGGGGGGGAUCAGCAGGGGCGGGAGGCGUGGGGACGAGUGGGAUGGAGGGGAUGUCGGAUUUCCAUCGCAGCAACACGGGGAGAAGCAACCACUCCAACGCCUCUCCUCAUGCUGCUGCCGCUGCGGCAGCAGGAGCGGGAGGAGGAGGGGGAGGGGGAGGAGGCGGAGGAGGGAGGGGCGGAGCAGGGAGCAGCAGCAGUGGUUUGCUAUACGACAUGGGGGGGAAUGGAGCUGCUCGCACUGCUGACGCCGCUGCAGCAGCUGCAGCAGCAGGGGGGGGAGGGGGAGCGGGAGGCGGAGGAGCGAACGGGUCUCUUUUCGGCCUGGCUAGCGGGUGGGGGCUAGCAGCAGGAGGAUUAGGAGGAGGAGCGGGAGGAGUGGGAGGAGCGGGGGGAGCAGGAGGGGGGGCAGCAGCAGGGGGGCCACUAGGACUAGGCCCGGGUUUCUCGGCAUCAUUGCGAACAGGGGGAGGCAUGAUGAACCCAGUGGGGGGAGAGGCAAUGGGGGCCCUACUAGGCGCAUCAGGGGAGGGCGGAGGGUUAUCAGACUCAGAGCGAGACGUGGUCAUGGACCUCGCAGUCUCCUCUCUAGAGGAGCUCGUAGGCUUGGCGCAGAUCAACGAACCUCUCUGGCUCCCGGGCCUGCUCUCCCGAGCCUUCGACAGGCACGGCAGCGGCGGGAGCGGGGGGGGUGGGGGCGCUGGGGGCGCCGGGGGUGGUGGUGGGGGCGGGGGGAACGGAGGGAUGGGUAGUGGGGGAGGGGGCAUGGCGGGGAAUGGCGGCGAGCAGUUGAACCGCACGGAGUAUCGGCUGAGGUUCCCCAACUGUGUGGGGGACGGCCCUCCGGGAUUGUCGAUAGAGGCAUCGAGGGCACGGGGAGUGGUGUCCCUGAAUGCCCUCGCGCUCGUAGAGCUCUUUAUGGAUCCGGUGAAGUGGGCGGAGAUGCUGCCAUCGUUGGUGUCUCGAGCCGUGGUGGUGGAUGUUAUCUGUGUGGGCAACGAGCCCACCCAGCGCAACGGCACGCUCCAGCUGAUGUACCUGGAAACACAGAUGCUCACACCGCAAGUACCCACAAGAGAGGCCUUCUUCCUGCGCUACUGCAAGCAGCUCUCCCCCACGUGCUGGGCCGUGGUAGACGUCUCUGUGGACCGCCUCAGGAGCGAGCCCCCUCCCGUCAUGCUCAAGUGCCGGCGACGACCAUCGGGGAUCCUCAUACAGGAAACACCCAACGGCAGCAGUCAGGUCACGCUGGUGGAGCAUGUGGAGGCAGAUCCCUUGGGAGUGCCGCCGCUCUUCAGACCAAUCGUGGCAGCAGCGCUGGGUUUUGGAGCAGCGAGGUGGAUGGCAGCGCUGCACCACCAGUGCGUGCGCUUCGGAGAGCUGCUGGGGAAUCCCACGUUGCGGGACAGUGGCAUCGUGUCGCAGCAGGGCCGCCGUGCCAUGCUUCGCCUGGCUGGCCGCAUGCUCUCCAACUUCUGUGUCGGAUUGUCCUCCUCCACCAGGCAUUCCUGGAAGGUGAUUGACAACUCCGAUCGUGCCUCUGCCGCCACCUCCGCUGCAGGGGGGGGCGCCACACCCGCUGGCGCCAGCACUGCAGGGGGAGGGGGGAUGGGGGGCGAGGGGGAGGGCAUGGGGGGCGCGGGUGGGGCGUCAGCAGCAGCGGCAGCGAUGGGGGCGGUGGAGGUGUGGGUGGCGAUGAGGCGCAGUGUGACGGGGGCGGGGGAGCCCCUGGGAGUGAUUCUCAACGCCGCUGCCUCUGUGUGGCUGCCCGUGCCCAUGCCGCUUGCAUUUGAGUUCCUGCGCAACGAGCAGACCCGGCGCGAGGUGAGUAAGGGAGGGGAUUGGGAGGGGACGGAGAUGAGGGUGGUGGAGAUGAGGGUGGUGGAGAUGAAGCGCACACCCAUCUCUCGUGCCUUGUGCUGCAUGCACUCAACUCAACCCCAUUCUUGUCUUCCCGCCCUCUUGCCUCGUCUCUCCCUAUUCUUCCUUCUUCCUCCUUUCCCCCCUCCGCCCUUCCCCUGUCCGCCCUCACCCCUCCGCCCUUCUCCCCUCCUCCUUUCCCCCCUCUGCCCUCACCCCUCCGCAUGUCCAUCCGCCCUGCCCGCUGCCCUAUACCAGCAGGCGGCAGCAGGCCCUGGAGCACAGACCAACAUGCUCAUCCUCCAGGAGACCACCUUCGACCCCUCAGGAGCCCUCAUAGUGUACGCGCCAGUGGACAUACCGGCAAUGAAGGAGGUCAUAUCAGGCGGCUCCUCCGACUCCGUCGCCCUGCUCCCCUCGGGCUUCUCCCUCCUCCCCGACUGUGCUCUCUCCUCCGACCAACGCGUAGCUCUCUUCCACGCCGCCCCCGUCCAGCCCACCGCGGGCGGCGCCGCCUCGGCAGCAUUCGCCGGGGGGGUGGCGGGGAAUGGCCGGUAUGGGGGGGCGGAGGAGGGAUGGCAGCAGGGAGGCGAGGUUGAUAGUUUGGCGGCGCAGGCCAUGCGGAGUGCUGCGAGGAAGAGAGCACUGGGGCAUGUGCCUGAAGGGUCCAUUCUCACUGUCUCGUUCCAAAUCCUCGUCAGCCCUAACCCCCAGCACCCCCCCCCCGCCCCCCUCCUUCCACUUCCCAACAUUGCACCACCCAACCACCCCACUACCCCCACUACCCCCACCAUCCCACACCCCAUCGUCCCCCCACGAACCCACACCACGGGCGUGGCAUGGCAGGCGAAGCUGACAACGGAGAGCAUGGCGACGGUGAACUCCCUCAUCUGCUGCACCGUGCAGCGCAUCCGCCAAGCCAUGGACGUUGCCGCCGCCACGCUCUAG